AUGAUUGUCACAGACAUGCGCCCACUGUCCAUGGUGGAGGAUGAAGGAUUCCAGAAGAUGAUCUCCGCUUUCAAUCCAAACUAUGCGCUUCCUUCAAGAACCUAUUUCAUGAAAAUGAUGGAGAAAAAGUACGAGGACAUUAAAGGCAAGUUAAAAAACAUGCUAAAAGAGACUGACAGCAUCGCUCUCACAGCCGACAUCUGGACAAGCGUUGCUACAGAAGCAUAUCUGGGUGUGACGUGCCACUUUCUUGGGGAGGACUGGGGAAUGGAGUCCCACAGCCUGACAACAAUGCCCCUUGAAGAGAGACACACAGCGGCAAAUAUUGUAGAGUGGAUUGAGGAUGUGAUUGCAAAAUUUGACAUUCCACCAGAGAAAAUCAAAGCUGUUGUCCAUGACAACGGUGCUAAUGUUGUAGCAGCAGCUAAGAUUUUGGCAGAAAAACAUGGAUGGGCAUCAGUGCGAUGUGCAGGACACACGCUGAACUUGGUGGUGCAGGGCGCUCUGAAGAAAAACCAGGCUAUCUCUAAGUGUGUAGCUGCUGCAAGAUGCCUUGUUGAACACUUUAAGAAGAGCGAGCUAGCAUGCAGCAAACUAAAGGAUAAGCAGCAGCAAAUGGGCACACCAUUACACAUGCUGGUGCAAGAUGUAAGUACUCGCUGGAACAGUACUUUCCACAUGCUGUUCAGGCUGCUGGAACAGAGAUGGCCAGUAACUGCUGCAUUAUCUGACCCAGCAGUGACACCAAGAGGAAAACACUACCUUGAUCUCAAGCCUGAACAGUGGGAUGUGAUUCAGGAGCUGAACCAGGCCCUUGAGCCAUUUGAAGGAGCAACUGUGUUUCUGAGUGGGCAAGAAUAUGUUACCCUCUCUGCACUUCCACAGCUUGUGCAAAGUCUUAAGAAGUCCAUACAGACUCCAGCCUUUGAGACUGCACCAGUCAAGUCAUACCAAACUGAUGUGACAGAACAGAUCACAGCAAGAUGGCAAGGACUAUCUGUAUUUCAACCUGAAUCAAACCAUGUCCUACUUGCUGCUGCUUUAGAUCCCAGGUUUAGGAAACUUAAGUUCCUGUCUCCUGAUGAAGUUUUCAAGGUCCAAAGCACAGUACAAACCAUGGCACUUGUUGCCAAAAAGGAAGCGAGGCAGAAGAAUGCAAGUGAUAUUGGGUCUCCCAGCACAGCACAAGACAUGCCAGUAACACAUCAGGGGGAUGUUAAAUCAUUGCUCGAAAAGAUACUGGGGUCAUCAGACUCAAGCACCAGUGAUGAAGAGGAUGAGGAGCAGCAGUUGAGUCAAACUGUCCAGAAGGAGGUUUUGUUGUACUUUGGAGAACAUCCUCUAUCCAAGAAGGGGAAUCCGCUGUCAUGGUGGAAAGCGAAUGCACCACGCUAUCCAACACUGUCAAAGCUAGCACAGUCCUUCCUGUGUAUCCCGGCAACAUCUACGCCAUCAGAGCGCCUGUUUUCUGCAGCAGGGAAUAUUGCAUCAAAACGUAGGGCGAGCCUCAGUUCUGAGCAUGUUGAUAUGCUUACUUUCCUUCAUUGCAACCACAGGCUCCUUUAA